AUGGUCGCGACGCUCCUCGAGCACGAGUUUCUCCCCGAGAAGGACGUCCUCUCCCUGUGCGAGCGCGCGAAGACGCUGCUCACGGAGGAGAGCAACGUCCACGCGGUGCGAGCGCCGGUGACGGUCGUCGGAGACAUCCACGGGCAGUUCCACGACCUGCUCGAGAUGUUUAAGAUGGGCGGGUACGCUCCGGAUACGAACUAUCUCUUCUUGGGAGACUACGUCGAUCGCGGGUACUACAGCGUCGAGACCGUGACGCUCGUCGUCGCGCUGAAGGUGAGGUACCCGGACCGCGUGACGAUCAUCCGCGGGAACCACGAGUCGCGGCAGAUCACGCAAGUGUACGGGUUCUACGACGAGUGCAUGCGGAAGUACGGCCACGCCGGGAUCUGGAAGGCGUUCACGGAUCUGUUCGACUACAUGCCCCUCACCGCGGUGAUCGAGAACCAGAUCUUCUGUCCGCACGGCGGGCUGUCCCCGUCGAUCGACUCCCUCGAGGACGUCCGGAAGAUCGACCGGUUCCAGGAGGUCCCGCACGAGGGGCCGGUGUGCGAUUUAGUGUGGUCCGAUCCGGACGAUCGCACGGGGUGGGGGAUGUCCCCGAGAGGCGCGGGGUACACGUUCGGGCAAGACAUCAGCGAGCAGUUUAACCACGCCAACGGGCUGAAGAUGAUCGCGCGCGCGCACCAGCUCGUCAUGGAGGGGUACCUGUGGCACCACGAUCAGAGCUUGGUGACGAUCUUCUCCGCGCCGAAUUACUGCUACCGGUGCGGGAACCAGGCGUCGAUCAUGGAGGUGAGCGACGACAUGACGAGCGAGUUUUUGCAGUUUGACCCGGCGCCGCGGCGGGGGGAGGCGCAAAAGACCGGGGACGGACCGGUGAGGUGUCCGGACUACUUCUUGUGA